AUGGCGGAAGAGAACUAUGCGAAUCCCACGGGGCCCGUGACAAUCGGGAGCUUCAUCCACAAGAAACCAGGCAUGACGGAGGAAGACUUCUACCGGUAUUGGUAUACGCGUCACGGCGCCCUGGUCGCCCCAUGGGCCGAGAAAUACGGUCUCAUCGGAUACCGCCAGUUCCAUACUCCAUCAGCAAUCCGCAAAAAGUGGACAGACCUGACCGGCGUUCCUUGUGUGGACUGCGACGGGUUCGCUGAGGCAACCUUCUCCAGUAUCGAGGGAUACCUGUCGGCAUCGCAGGACUCGUACUGGCAAGAAGUGGUGAACCCGGACCACGACAACUUCUGGGACAGCACGGCAAACACGACGAUCUCGCCGGGAUUGUGUUCCAUGGCGGGAACUGUACGCUGGGUGAUCAAGGACGGAAAGGUGAUGCCUGAUUUCAAGAAGGGGGCGCAGGAUAAUGUACAGACGUGA